AGGCUCGGGCUGGGGCGAGCGCGGCUGGGACCGCUCAGUACUAGCCCCGGAGUGUGGAACCCAGAGCUGGGUGCCGGCGCCGAGCGUGAAGGGCGGCAGGAUGUUCAGCUGGUUGGGGCGGCAGGCGGGCGGGCGCGAGCGCGCGGGCGGCGCGGACGCGGUGCAGACGGUGACGGGCGGCCUGCGCUCGCUCUACCUGCGCAAGGUGCUGCCGCUGGAGGAGGCGUACCGCUUCCACGAGUUCCACUCUCCAGCUCUGGAGGACGCCGACUUCGAGAACAAGCCCAUGAUCCUGUUGGUGGGUCAGUACAGCACCGGCAAGACCACCUUCAUCAGAUACUUACUGGAGCAGGAUUUCCCAGGCAUGAGGAUUGGUCCGGAGCCUACCACCGAUUCCUUCAUCGCUGUGAUGUACGGAGAGACUGAGGGCAGCACCCCAGGGAAUGCUUUAGUCGUGGACCCCAAAAAGCCAUUUAGAAAGCUUAGUCGCUUUGGAAAUGCUUUUCUGAAUCGGUUCAUGUGCUCCCAGCUGCCCAACCAGGUUCUGAAGAGCAUCAGCAUCAUCGACAGCCCCGGCAUCCUCUCUGGGGAGAAGCAGCGCAUCAGCCGAGGGUAUGAUUUCUGCCAGGUCCUGCAGUGGUUUGCUGAAAGGGUUGACAGGAUCAUCCUGCUCUUUGAUGCUCAUAAACUAGACAUCUCAGAUGAGUUCUCAGAGGCCAUUAAAGCCUUCCGGGGCCAGGACGACAAGAUCCGCGUGGUGCUGAACAAGGCGGACCAAGUGGACACACAGCAGCUGAUGCGGGUCUACGGGGCCCUCAUGUGGUCCCUGGGCAAGGUCAUCAACACGCCUGAGGUGCUGCGUGUCUACAUCGGCUCCUUCUGGGCACAGCCUCUGCAGAACACGGACAACCGCCGUCUCUUCGAGGCCGAAGCCCAGGACCUCUUCAGAGAUAUCCAGAGCCUGCCCCAGAAGGCAGCGGUGCGCAAACUCAAUGACCUCAUCAAGCGAGCCCGGCUGGCCAAGGUACAUGCCUACAUCAUCAGCCACCUGAAGAAGGAGAUGCCAAGUGUAUUUGGAAAGGAAAACAAGAAGAGAGAGCUUAUCAGCAGGUUACCAGAAAUCUACAUUCAGCUACAACGAGAAUACCAGAUUUCUGCAGGAGACUUCCCUGAAGUCAAGGCGAUGCAGGAACAGCUUGAGAACUACGACUUCACCAAAUUCCACUCGCUGAAACCCAAGCUCAUCGAGGCCGUAGACAACAUGCUGAGCAGCAAGAUCUCAUCCCUGAUGAGCCUCAUCAGCCAGGAGGAGACAAGCAUGCCCACGCAGCUCGUCCAGGGCGGAGCCUUUGAAGGCACCUCUGAGGGCCCCUUCAACCAGGGCUAUGGGGAGGGUGCCAAGGAGGGCGCCGACGAGGAGGAGUGGGUCGUGGCCAAAGACAAGCCUGCCUACGAUGAGCUCUUCUAUGCUCUGUCACCUGUCAACGGCAAGAUAUCGGGCGUCAAUGCCAAGAAGGAGAUGGUGACCUCCAAGCUGCCCAACAGCGUUCUGGGCAAGAUCUGGAAGCUGGCUGACUGUGACUGCGAUGGCAUGCUGGAUGAGGAGGAGUUCGCGCUGGCCAAACACCUCAUCAAGAUCAAGCUCGAUGGCUACGAGCUGCCCAACAGCCUGCCCCCCCACCUUGUGCCCCCCUCUCACAGGAAGUCCCUGCUGAAGGAUGACUAAGAUGCAGGCUGAAGGCGGGCCACAGCAGGGGAGUCAGGGGACCUGGGCUUGAGGCCUGCUCUGCCACUGACUCAUUGAAGGACCUUGAGCAAGGCACUGCCCACUCUGUGCCUCGGUUUCCCCAUCUGUAGAAUGGGGAGGACAGACACUGGACACUAGAUGAGGUCUUUUCACUUUCGGAAUUCCCAUGAGUUUCUAUUAAAAUGUUGGGGGAGGGGGGGUGCCAAGGAAGGAUAAGGAGAUUGAAGGGUUGAGAAGAAAGGGAAAUUGUCCAGAGAGUACUUGGCAGCCUGGAGAAACACAUAGAGAUGGGCUUGGUGGACUCCCAGGAACCUUGGGGGACUAGGCUGGGGCUUGCCAGGAGUAGCUGGGUCUUUGGGGCUGCCUGGGCUGCUUGUCAUCAUGAAUGACCUCCGGAGCACCUGUCCAUUCCUCAGAGGGCACCAGGAGGCAGCAAAGACUAUCUUAAUUUAUUUUGUUUUCUUCUAUAUUUAGAGUGGGAAAAAAAUAGAGCAGAGUUUCGGCUCUCUCCAGACUGUCUACCAAAGAGAAGAAGACUGAUGUCCCCGGGUGUGGGAGGAGGAUGCAUUGUGUCUGAGCACCCCAUCCCUUUGGCAGGCCCCAGCAGAGAGGGCAACCGAGCCCCGGGGCCCCUCUUUCCCGGCACCCUGCUGACCAGAUCACCAGCCCUCCCAGACCUUCCUUCUGCGGCCUUCCCAGUAAAGCUGUAUUUUAUUAGGAAUUUGGACCUCAACAACCAUUAACCCCGGCAAGACUUCCAGUUUGCAUUUCAAGUCAUGUUGCAAUCUGGAAGGAAAAGAGGGGGUUCUCCUUAGUGGCCCUGUUCCUAACCGUUAAAUGUCUCCAAACCACCUUGGUUGAAGACAGGAUUUAAAUUCAGUGAAAACCUGUCUUGCUGUGUGCAGUGUCCCAGGCUCUGUGGACACAGGUGAAUGAGAGACCAGCCUUGUCCUGGGCUGGUGACUACAUGAGAUCAGUCUGCCAGAGUUAGACAUUGGUUUUGUGAAAACAGGCAUUUAUGAUGUCCAGUGAUGUUUUUUCCCCUCUACAAGAUAAAAACCUUUAUAUAGAAACAAAGUGGAAUCUUACAUAUAAAACCCUUUCCUUCAGGGAUUUGGGCACUUAAUACCUUUGUGUUGGCUCUGAGUGUUCUUUCCCCCAAAUCCCCCGAGUAAACCUCCCCGGACCUCUUGUUCAGAUGCCGGUGUCAGGAGAAGGUGGUUCGUUCUUACCACCACCCUCCUCUGUGGGUACCAGCAGAGGGAGGCAGGUGCCUUUCAACAUUAUUAUUUAUGCAAUAGAGACACAAAAUAGCAACGGGUACAAGGCGUGGGGCCCUGCUGGCACCAGAAAUGAAUGAAAUCAGAACAGUCCCACUGAACCUUCCAAAAACCAUACAAUGAUUUUUUUGACACCUGCCUCUGGUAACAUCAAGGCCAGAGAUGAAGAUUUAAGAGCAAAUAUAUAUGUAUUGAUGUAGGGAAGCAUUUAGGUCCAGAUGCCAACCCUCAUACUCCCAGUUUACUUUCUAAAUAGUUUUUAUUUUAUUA